AUGGAAGAUUUGGACACUUAUCGAACAAUUUGUGCCAAUCGAAUUCGUCGACUCGAACGAUUCCAAAAAGCUCGAAGUUUUUGCAGUUUGGAAGAUCAGCAAAGCACAUCGACACCAAACACAACAUUUGAACUUAUUCGAGAAAAAAUGGUUAGUUUUUGAGAAAAAUUAGAAGGGGCUUGGAGAUGGGAAAAGAGUUUUGGAGUUGCUCAUUAUCAAUAUCAUAUGGGGCCUGAGUCUUCUAGAAGGUUUUAGUUACUGUCAGGGUUUUCCGGAUUUAUAGGUCUAACCAUCUUUAUAUUAACUUUUGGUGCUGGGAUUAUUAGGAUUCCUUCAAAAGCUCUUUUCAGAACACCUCCGGAGCUCGCGUUUGCUUCUGAGAUUGAAAAAAAAGAUCUUUCCUAUUUUCCAGUAGCCACCCUUCCCCGUUUCUGCAUUGGUGGUCCUUCUUCCCACAUUCAUAAAAUAAUAUGGUGCCAUAAUGAGCAUGAACGACACCCGAUUAAUUAACAUGCUUUGCAUUCUUUAGAUAAAAUCUCCGCCAUCAUCAGAUAAUAUUUUCAUGACGCACUGCGCGCUUUUUCUGCCUGCAAAUUCCUCAUGCUAACCCAAAAAUUGGAAUAAAAAUGGGCAUAGAAAUAAUAUUUGCAUAUUGUGACCCUAGAAAACACUACAUAGUGGUGAAGGGGGAUUAUUAGAUAGAUGGUUUUGACGACGGGAGACUAGAGAAAAGAACGACGGGAGAGGGGAAUUGUAAAUUGAUAUGGGGUAAAUAAAUACUCUUAAGGGAAAGGCGACAGGAGGGAAUAAGCAGAAGAUGGCAAACAUAUCAUCACAAAAAAAUAGUAGAUGAAAAAGUUAUUUUAGGCAAGUUCGGUAGAUCAACAGUUUUUGAGGGGGUGGGUGAAAUUCGAGACUUGCGGGUAGAGGAAAUUGAGAUCUGGAUAAUCAGGUUCUCCCGAGAUUUUUGAUGCUAGAGUUUAGUUUGAAAAUGGUUUUUUUUAAUUUGGGACUCACCAUGUUUGACACUAAAAAUUUAAAAUUUUAGAAAUACAGUAUCCCUGCUCUUUUUUCCAUCCAAUCCCAACCCAUCUUUUUGUCCAUUCAAAAACGGAAUAUUUAUUUAUGAGCUUAUUGUUAGCACCCUCUUUUUUUUUGUCUAUUUCGGAACCUUUUCCCUUAUACAAACAGGUCCCUUACGCAAUUCCUUCUCUUCUUUCCCUCCACAGACAAGAAAAUCCUAAAUCAAACAAAUAAACCGUAUUUUUUCUUACAGUUCUCUUUGAUGGAGAACGAUAUGUCCCUUCUACAACAACUUCUGACACUUGGCGAUCAAAUCAGUGAAAUCAAAAAAGAACGACUCAGAAAAACACAAUCACAAACUAGCAUUGAUGAAUAUGAAGGUGAAGAUGAUGAAGAAGAAGAGGAAGAUGGAUUUGGAACUUUUUCGGCAUCAAUGUCGGCAGCUGUUACUAAUUUGUAUGUGAAUGAUGAGAAACCGCAAUUCUUCUCGAGACAAAAUUCAGUGCUUCGUAUUCCAAUUCCACCAAGAAGUAGUAAUCGAUUUGGGCCGAGACGGAUUAUUCGAAGACCUUCGGAUGUUUUGACAAGUCGACAAAAUGUUAAAACUUUGUCAGUGAAUAGCAGUGACGAGGGAACAAGUUGUGAUGAACGAGAUAGUAGUAUUGUUCAAAAAGACAAAAAGAAUCGGUGAGUUUUUACCUCAAAACUUCAAGUUAUUUAUUUAAAAAAAACAUUUUUAUAGAUCUUCCAAUUCUUCAAUCGACUCUGGAAUCCGUGAUGAAUCAUCGCCAACUUUUGAAUCAGAAGUCAUCUAA